GAAAUAAAAAAAAGGAUAAACUAAUAACUGACUUUAAAAAAGGAAUACAGGUAAAAGAAUAAAUAUUGGAGUAGUAGUAGUAUGCUAGCAGAGAGAGCAAAUGAGUACAGACGUCCACGCUCCCUUUCUCUAAUCCAACGGUCUACAUCUGAUUUGAUCUCCAACUCUCCAUUACUCCUCCUAUAUAAGCUCUUUGGAUGGCAACAAGGAAGAAAGAGAAAAAACAAACAAACAAACAAACAAACAAUAGAAUCAUAAAAUGUUACCGUUAAAAGCAGUGUUAGUAUCAAGCGGCGUCGUUUCAAUGGCAAUCAUGCUAAAACUCUCAUUUCCAUUAAUCCUCAAUUUCCUCACCUCUGAACUUCCUCUCUUCUGGUCUUGGUUGAAGCUCACACCUCCAUAUCUCUACCUCCUUAUUAACUGCAUCAUCAUCACCAUUGUUGCAUCCUCUAAGCUUCAGCCACGUGUCCAGCAAAAACACAAAGAUGAUGAUGAUGAUCAUGAUCAUCAUCAUGAUGUGGUGAUGGUGCCUCAAAUUGAUGUCAAGGACAAGAAGGAUGAUGAUGUAGUGGUGUUCGGUUAUGUAGAAAGUACGGCGGCGAAACCAUUGGAUUCGCCGCCGCAUUUGAAGAACAACAAGAUUAUUAUUGAUGUUGAUAAAGAGGAGAGAGAAUUGUUGUUGAGUGAUAAUGGUGAUCAGAAUGAGAAACCGCCGUUUUCUACCAGGUUUGGUCACCGGAAAAUCGUCAAAGCUAGUCCUGAAGGAAAGACAGCUUUGAGAGUAUCAAAGCCAAAAAAGCAGGAGACACUAGGAUCCACGUGGCGGACGAUAACAGAUGGACGGUCAAUGCCACUGACACGUCACCUAAGGAAGGCCGAGACUUUCGCCGGAGUGUCGCCGGAGGCGUCUCCGGUGAAGGUGAUGAAGAAAUCCGAUACCUUCGGUAGCGGCAACGCGUCACCGGCGAGUGGGAAUGGGAGGCUGAGGAAAGAGCCGUCGUUAAGUCAAGACGAGUUGAACCGCCGUGUCGAGGCGUUUAUCAAGAAGUUCAAUGAGGAGAUGCGGCUCCAACGCCAAGAUUCCCUCAACCAAUAUAGAGAGAUGAUCAGUCAUAAAAGUGGUUCUCAAUAGGAAGAUUCAAAUAAACAAAAUGCUUAUUUCUUAGCCUUACUUGGUGAUUUAUGAGUGGUAGUAGUAGCAUCAACAAAUUUUUCAUUUGUUUAUAUUUGGAUUUUUUUUUUUGUUAUGGUGUGUUGUAUGGAAAGGUGGUUAUAUUUUGAGCUUUCAAAUUUGAGCUAGUGGAGGAAAUGCUGUCUUUUGCAUUUCUAGUAGGACAUCAAGUUGGUAGAAGUGGUAGGAGCCUUGUAAUUAGCUCAAUUUUUGGUACUUCAUAGACAAGGUUUGUUUUGAUUUUUGAUUUAUUCAAAAACAACUUUGAAUUCGAUUAGGAUAAUAAUGCUAUGUUUGGGAACCUUCAUUUCA